UUGGACUAGCUAUAUAGUCAGCCACACAUUCGCCUAUACACAGUAGCUGAUCCUGUUGUGAAGCUUCUCUCUACAGCACACAAAGGCAUUGUAUCUUGACACGAUGCCUUCGAUCCGGUCCCUCCUGGUUGCUGGUCUCCAGGUCACUGGCCUUGCGCUGGCCGACUUUGCAGAAUACCAAGUGAACACACCAGAUGUUGGUGGAUUCAAGCAGCUGCUAGGCCACCUGCCCGAGGAGUCGAUUCACGCCGCAUUGUCUGGACACCUUGGAGGAAAGUACCAAGCCGGUGUCUUCGAGGCAGACCACAGGGCAAUGGAGCAUAUCCACAAGGACAACCCAUCGCUGGCUUCGCGUCUCAUCGAGAUUGCAAAGCACGAUGUUGCAGUCCGAGCGGAGUUGCGUAAGAGACAGGACAACAGUGCCGACAACACAACUGUUAUCGCCGUCCCAUCUACCACCUCGUCUGAAGCUGCGUCCUCGACCAGCACCGAUGCUGUCAUUGUCACCGACGCCAGCACGACUUCGGUCUCGUUGACCACCGAAACUUCGGCCCCUUCUUCGACCAUUGAAUCGUCCGUGGCUCCUUCGAGCACUACAGGAGUACCGUCCAGUCUUCAGCUACUGCAACCCGUCAGAUCGCUGCUUCUACUUCGUCCACUCCGGCUACGACUGCGUCUGGCGUCCUUGUCCCGGUCGUCGUGUCAAGCACUAACAGCCAGGGAAGCACCGUGCUCGAAACCACUUCGGCUUUCCAGCAGUCUGCAUCUGUCAGUGUCGAGCAGACUUACACCACUACAAACUCCAGAGGUGCUACCGUAACCACUUCUGCUCGCUUCCCUGGUGUUGUCGUUCUCACCACAAACUCGCGUGGCUCAACCGUCUCGACAACAUCAGCCGUUGCCAGCAUUGCUGUUGACGGUAAUGGUGAUGUUGUCUCUUCGGUUGAUGCACCUGAGGCUAGUGGCAAUACUCGCCGUAC